UCGGCUCCAAGCCUAACACAAGCAGAGACCCCGUCGCUCCGGCUGCUAUGGAGUAGUAAGGCUGGGUUUACAAGGUGCGUUGUAUGUGAGUGCAUGUAGUGUUCUGUUUCCCCCCUCAGCGGCUGCUAAUGUUUCCAAAAAUUAAUUAUUCAAGGAUUGCCUACUGACGGGGAGCCACUUGAUAGCACGACCUCAAGGGAAAAAACAAAAAUUGAAGCUGGAGAUCAGGUGAAACGAUACCUUGUCUUUUCUUUUUUGUCUUUCGUAAUUUUUUGAUGUAAGUGUAACCGAAGACUUGAAAGAAAACACCUUGCCCCCUCCGUUUUUUUUUUCUCUUUAAAGCCGUGUUCUUUUUUCUCUCCAAUGCCUGUUUCCAGCAAGCACACUGGUAUCGGGCGCUCUCAGAGCUGGGACGCUGCUGGAUGGUAUGAGGGGCAUUGGGACGGGGAGAGUGCCUACAGUUACCAGCCCGGGGCAGCUGGAAGGAGGAAUUCUUUGACGUACGGGGGUGACGGUGGAGGAGGCUGGUACGAGCCAGCCCUUGGGGUGCGCCCGGGUGACCUUGAGUUGAAGCGGGACCCCUAUUCCUACCAAGACUCCCUCUACGAUCAGGGCUACCCCGAGAGGCAUGACCGGCGGCCCCUGAGGAAGAGCUCUGUGCCUGACCUGAACAACCACUACGACCGACACGCCAUGGCAGCCCGCAGCUCUCUGCCCCCCCAGGAUUACUACCAGCAUGACCCCACAUUAGCAGCCCGGCCACCUGAAGAUCCACGAGGCUUUUAUAGAGGGGAGCAACACCUGCUUAACAGAUCAGCACCGCAUUAUGGGAUGACCGGUGGGGGCCGGACAGCUUGGGAUCAAGGACAAGCUAGGCCUGCUCCUCCUCCUCCCCCUACUGCUCAUGAGAUGAGCCGUAUGUACAGGGAUCCUGCCGCCGCCAAGAUGAUGCCAGAUGGCCAGCGUGUUCGGAGCAGGGACCCUUCUCCUGGCCACUACGGAGUUGAGACCUCCUCUCCCAGGUAUGGAGCUGAGCCACCCCCUCUCAGUGGCCGCUCUGUCUACAGCGACAUUAACGGGCGCCCUCUGGACCCCAGGCAGCCCACGGCCACCUGCCUAGUGGUGGACCCAGCCUCUCAGGGUAUGGACGGCAAUCAGGGGAGCGCCUCUCGUGGAAUGGGGAUCAGGCAGGAAAGCCCAUCGCCAUACUGCUCCACAGCGGGGCAGAAAAUGCCCUACGAAGGCUACGACCUCAACCCCGGGGUGGCUGCGGCUGCGGGUACUCCUGGCGCCACAGGGCCUCCACCACACCCAUCUCAGACGGCCACGCUGGCGGAGCUGAAGAAGAACGUGGACCGAGAGUUCCUGGCACUGCUGCGGGCGGAGGGGCUCUCGGAGAGCACCAUCACUGCUCUGUUGCAGCAGGGCUUCGACUCCCCCGGCCUGCUGGCCGUCAUGGAAGAGAAUGACGUGCGCUCAGUGGCCGCCAACCUGGGCCAGGCACGGGUGCUCUCCCGCCUGGCCCUCAGCUGCAAGAUGGAGUUGCAGCGGCAGCACGAGGGCCCCGUCACCUCCCAGCAGCAGCAGCAGCAGCGCGUACGUACACGAUCCAGUAGUUUCAGUCACCGCAAUGACCUCUACCUGCAGCAGCAGGGCGUGGAUGCCAAUACGAUGCAGCAGCCGCCCAGUGCUCUUCAUUCCGUGUCCCCCAGAAUGGGGGAGGUUAUGGGAAGGAGGCCCAGCAGCGCCCCCUCUCAGCAUCUUUUGGAAACCACCACGUAUGCUGGGGGUCGCUCCCCUGGGGGUUUCCCCGUCGGCUCAGGGGGAUACAGCAGUGCCUUAACCCCGGGCCGCCCCAUGUCGGCUUACUCCCCCCAGCAACAGCAGCCGCCGCCGCCCAACGCCGCCCCCAAGACGGCAUACUCCACCACCUACACUGUCCCCAUGGAGCUGAUGAAGAGGGACCGCAGCCACCCGCCUCUGUCGCCCAUGCUGAGCCCCCACAGCAGCCCCCAGCUCCUGCGGAAGGGUGGGCCUCAGCCCGAGACCUCCAUGAUGCCCAUGGGCCCCACCUUCCAGGUGCAAAACGUUAACGUUGCCAACCAGAAGAUCACCCGCCGCACGGGGCCGCCCGUCAUCGUCUCCACCAUGGCAUCACCUGACUCAAGUAUCCGACCUCAGAUCAUGAAUGGCCCCAUGCACCCCCGGCCACUGGUGGCACUGUUGGACGGGAGGGACUGUACGGUAGAGAUGCCCAUCCUCAAAGACCUGGCCACGGUGGCCUUCUGCGAUGCCCAGUCCACACAGGAGAUACACGAGAAGGUGCUGAAUGAGGCAGUGGGAGCCAUGAUGUACCACACCAUCACACUCACCCGCGAGGACCUGGAGAAAUUCAAGGCUCUAAGAGUCAUCAUCAGGAUAGGCAGCGGCUACGACAACAUUGACAUUAAAGCUGCUGGCGAGCUGGGAAUCGCCGUGUGCAACAUCCCCUCGGCGGCGGUGGAGGAGACGGCCGACUCGACCCUGUGCCACAUCCUGAACCUGUACCGGAGGAACACGUGGCUGUACCAGGCCCUGCGCGAGGGCACGCGCGUGCAGAGCGUGGAGCAGAUCCGGGAGGUGGCCUCCGGGGCCGCCCGCAUCCGGGGAGAGACGCUGGGGCUCAUCGGCUUUGGGCGCACGGGGCAGGCGGUGGCCGUGCGGGCGAAGGUGUUCGGCUUCAACGUGAUUUUCUACGACCCGUACCUGCAGGAUGGGCUGGAGCGCUCUCUGGGAGUGCAGCGGGUGUACACCCUCCAAGACCUGCUGUACCAGAGCGACUGCGUCUCGCUGCACUGCAACCUCAACGAGCACAACCACCACCUGAUCAACGACUUCACUAUCAAACAGAUGCGCCAGGGAGCGUUCCUUGUGAACUCGGCGCGAGGAGGACUGGUAGACGAGAAGGCCCUGGCUCAGGCGUUGAAGGAGGGCAGGAUACGGGGAGCGGCGCUGGAUGUCCAUGAGUCCGAACCCUUCAGUUUUGCCCAGGGCCCUCUGAAAGACGCACCCAAUCUAAUCUGUACACCACAUACUGCCUGGUACAGUGAGCAGGCAUCACUGGAGAUGAGGGAGGCAGCUGCUACAGAGAUCCGCAGAGCUAUCACAGGCCGUAUCCCAGACAGUCUGAGAAACUGUGUCAACAAAGAAUUUUUCGUCACCACAGCACCCUGGUCGGUAAUGGACCAGCAAGUAGUUCAUCCUGAGCUCAAUGGUGCUGCGUACAGGUACCCGCCAGGUGUGGUGGGAGUGCCUCCAGGAGGGAUCCCUGGGGCAAUAGAGGGCAUGGUGCCUGGCGGCGUGCCCAUCCCUCACAGCCUGCCCGCUGUCACACACCCCUCACAAGCACCCUCACCCAACCAGCCUUCAAAGCACGGCGACAACAGAGAGCAUCUAACUGAGCAAUAGCACCAGAGCAACAGCGUUCACUCCAACACACACCCGGGACCAAGAGACAGUGAACACACCUGCCGCCACACAGGACUGGGAACGGCGACAUGUUCCACGGAUUUGUACUCGAUUUUUUUUUUUUUGUUGUUGUUGUUCUACGUCAAACUUUUUAUUCUCAUUUGGAAAUAAACGCCAGUUUUCUUGGAUGUUCCAGUGUUGAUACUGUGCCGGCGGGCGGAACUGCUGUGCAAACUGCAGGGAGGCUCGCACCCUCAUCCCCAUCUUCCUGUUGUAGGAGGACUUGCAACCUGGCUCACUGGCCAGAGAGCGGAGAGGAGCAGCGAUGUCCUGCGUGCCUCACCCGCCACCCAGCUCUGCCCAGCUCACCCCGCAGGACCCCGCGCCACCGUCACGUCACUUAACCUUGUUUCUCCUUGCUUUUAUCUUUGAACCCCCGGACAUGGAAUAUGUCUCUUUUGUUCCUCAAUGUGAAAGAAAAAAUAAAAUGAUUAUUAAAAAGAUAUAUAUAUUUAUCAGCUCAACAGAGGAGGAAAACAAAAGUCGCUCACCGGAGCAGCAAUCUAGAGAGUGAACUUAGACUCUUGCCUGACCUUCGAACCUUGCCCCAACAGUUUUGAGACAGUAGCUGCCUCACGGAAAACGCAUGGUGAGGAACCGUCUUUCACACUUCCACCUGCUGUGUGGAGAACUGAGGGCUCAGGGUCACCCAGAGUACAGCCAAGAGCGACAAAUUUCAAGAAUCCUGUAAGCCCACAACACCUUCGCUAUCGAGUAUAGCAGAAAUGUGCUGCAUUCUGCAGAGGGUGUGCGUCCACUGAAUGUUGAAAAUAAUGUUGACUUUCUGAAAGAUCUGACAGCAGAUUGAAACCCUGGAGAAAAACAGAGCGGUUAAUGUCUGUGCAUGGAUUACAUCACAACUAGCUUUGAACACAAGGAUGUGUAAAUAUAAGAAUUCAAUUUUCGCAAUUCCAGAAGAUGUGCUAGCCUGCUGUGCCUACUCAGCAGGUGUCUUGGGUAAACCACAAGCUUUCUUGCUGAAGGUCCUGUAUGGCUAGUCUAUAUUUCAGACUAGGAAGAGUAAAUGCUUCAGAGGAUCCAAACUUUGUAAAUGCAAUAGUCCGGCAGUUCAGAUUAUGAUGGCAAUGGAUUCACAGGUGUUUUUUUUAUACAGAACAUUUUCACGAUUAAAAUGUAGCAACCUAGGUAGCAAUUACAUGAUUACAGACUUUCCUUCAAUACCUUGUAUUUAUGUACCCAGCAUCCCUUGUCAGUGUUACAUAGCACACAAAUGCAGUAUUUAUUUUACCCAGGCCACUAAUUCUAGGAGCCACUUUCAACGUGAAUUCUUAUAAAAUUGGUGCAGGUUUUUCUGAUUGAGAAAUACUCAACAAAACAUAGGAGAUUCACCAAACCUAUAAUUCCUUGCAUUUAUAUUGCACUUUUCAUCCCAAAGGAUCUCGAUGCUCUUAACAUAUAGGAGGGCAUCCACCUCAUCCACCGCUGAAGUGCAGCACCUGUCCUGGUGCCAGUUUGCACUGGCAGUUCAAGUACAGCAAGUGAGAAACUGAUUCAGACAUAUAUUUUGAAUCUCUUUUUCAGUCCUGCUAGAAGGGCAGACUUUUAAAUGCUUUUGUUUUUACUGAUCGAAAUUGUGACACUGAAAUUACAGAAGGUUACAUUAUUUCCAGGUUUUCUACAGAUUUGCUGGCUGAGCUUUUAAAAUCACAGACGUGUUUCUUCACUGAAAAUUCUGGCCCAAUCCUGUGGACUGGAAAGGGUUAGCGCAAACUGGAUUUCUUACUGACUCAGGAAAACACUUUUUGCAGAUUUUUUUCCCAAAUUGUAUCUGAAAAGGAAAAAAAAUGUCAUGAUAUUUUCUCUUCUCCCUGCCCUUUCUCUUUUCUUCAUUGUGGUAUUUUUAUAUAACAUCACGUUUUUGGUGUUUAAAAUUUUGCAGUCCUGUUAGAUUUGUAUUGCCUAGUUAAAUGUUCUUAUAACCAUAGUCUUCUGUGAACCAUCGUUUCUUUUAUUUUGUUUUAAUGAAGGUCUGUUGGAGCCUCUGGGUGCAUGGUGCACUCGGUGAGAGAUAGCUAAAACCUGUUAGUGUCCCAACAAUAGCAAGAGAUGGCUGCCAGCAUUAUUUGUUUUUAGUGUGAGUAUUUGUAUUUGUUUAUUGUACAAGGUGAACAUUUAGCAUUCAGUGCAGUUCAAAUAAAAAAUACACUUCUGAAA